UUCCAUUUUCAGCUCCAAGCAACUGAGGAAGAGUAGAAAUGGCGUCGUCGGCGAGAGAAUGGACUGAAGCAGACGAAACGGCGAAGCAAUUUCUCACUAGGGUUUUCUCAGAGCGGCCAUUUCUACCAUUACCUCCACCUCUGCAUCGCAUUCCUCUCCGUCCCGGCAAUGUUGUCGAAAUCGUCGGUCCUUCUCCUUCUUCAAAAACUCGCAUUCUUAUGCAGGCUGCUAUUAAUUGUAUUUUGCCUAAGGAGUGGAAGGGUGUAAACUAUGGAGGCUUGGAGCGAUUAGUUAUGUUUGUUGACCUGGAUUGUCGUUUUGAUGUGUUAAGCCUUUCACGAUUACUGAAGCAGCGGAUCAUUCGAGCAAAUGGCAAUGGCAUAGGCCACAAGCUAAAUAAGGUGGAUAAUUCUCCUAGUGGAUCAAAGGAUGCACACACAGAAUAUGGCAAAGAAUUGUUCGCUGUCAGCAUGAGAAGGUUCUUGUACAUCCGCUGUUAUGAUAGUUUUGAAUUUCUUGCUACUCUUAAGACAUUGCAUUUCCAACUUCAAAAGGAAAAAGAGGCACAUGGCAGUGGUGUUUAUUUGCUUAUGAUUGACAGUAUUGGAGCUUUUUAUUGGAUGGAUCGUGCUUCACCAUCUAUACCGCCAGGGAGCAACAACAGGAGAAGUCUGUCUUUGCAAAGUGUGUCAGACAUUGCCGUUCAAGAGAUCCAGAAGAUUCUUGUGGUGCAUCCGAUGCUUGUUCUAACUACAAAAGCAGCAAGUUUACAGGAUAAAUUUACAUCUCGCGAAGUUAUUAGGAGUACAGGGCAGUUGUCUAUUGAGAGUAACUUGGACUCAAGGACCAUUAGGAGUAGUACUAAUGCUCAACUGUAUCGGGAGUAUAUGCCUUCAGUAUGGCAGUCCUUUGUUUCACACAGAAUACUUGUGCGCCCUUCAGAUAAUAGUAAAUAUCAAAAGAAGCCCAUCUAUUUAUCGGAAUGGCUGUUGCCAUCCUUGAAGUUAUCAGACAAAUUCACAAUCAAUGAUGAUGGCGCAUACAUCGUAUCGUGAAAUUCAAAUGAUUUUGGACUGGCUUUUCUCAACCUGAGGUCAAGCAUUUAAACUGAAGCCCAAAAUGAAAUUCCGAAAAUGUCACUUGCUCUUCUGGCAGUAGUUUCAACUGAAGUGAGAUGCAAUUAUGGAAGCUUUCUACCUAUUCAGAUUCUAAUGAGAUGCAUACCAUAAUGAGACAUGUUCGGCAUGAAAUGAACCCGGAAUGGAAGCCACUGGAGCAGGAGUGGAGAGAAAGCAAAAGAGGAAAGGUGUUUUC